CCAGGUAUUUCAGUCGUAUUUUAACCGUUCGUGUUAUUUGUUGUGUAGUGCUGUUUGCAAACGCAUUGAAACGUUUCGCCGGUUUUCUCCAACGAGGCGCAAAUUCUUACUCAUAGUCCAAGCAUCGACGUGACACCCUCGUGAUCGAUUAAAUCAAAAUACGAACACUGCAUUGAAAUACACGUGUCAGUUUUUUUCGUUUCAAUUGCGCGUUCUAUCCGGAGGUCCUGUCUCCUUGCAAUUUAUCGAUCCCUGCAAGCCGUUUUCGCGCGCAAUUUCCCAUGAGCAACAAACAGAGAAAAGGAGAAGAAAAGUCGUGAAUUGCAGGUUAAGGCAUUCUCGUGAUCAUCCCGAAGAAUACUGUGUCGAGCACGUCAACGCACGUCACGCGUGUAGGAGGCAAAAGUGGAGGAGCGUCGUCCGUGACGACUGUCGUGCGUCCAUCGACUUCGAACUCGCGGGACGGUAUGACGCAACGUGGUCGAGCCAAUAGUUGGCGAAUCGAUUGAAUACCGAAAAGCGAAAAGAGCAAACCGCGACCCCUCAGUCGCGAAGUCGACCGCCGAUCGACGAGAAUCCGCGCCUCGCAGAAAAGAUCGAAAGUGGAGGGAAUAUCUGUUCCUAUUCACCAGCAUCACGCGCAUCUCGCUCUCACGCUGAUAACACAGUCCUUCGUUCGUAGCAAGUAGCGAAAAUGGCUCUCUUCCGGAAGUUUAACGAGAAGAUCCCUCGAAGAGGAAUUUUGGGGGCAAUGAUGUUCCUGGCUUGUAUGUUCUCCUACGUCAUUCGUACUAAUUUGUCCAUAACAAUCGUUGCCAUGGUAAAUGCUACGAGCAAAGACGGUGGCGUUGGUCCAGCCUGCAGCGCGGAUUUAAAAAGCAAUAAGACCAUCGUGGUUCAAGAUUAUGGGGAGCGCUUCGAGUGGAAUCAACACAUUCAAGGAAUGUUACUGUCGGGAUAUUUUUAUGGUGUUUUGCCGGCUAGUGUGCCAGCUGGAAUCUUGGCCGAAAAAUACGGAGGCUCUAAAGUAGUGGCAUUUGCCACAUUGAUACCCGCAGUAUUAAAUCUUUUGAUGCCCUGGGCUGCCACCGUUCACUACGGUUUCGUUUUUGCACUUCGUUUUGUAAUGGGAUUUUUCGGAGGUGCCGUUUAUCCCGCUCUCCACGCAAUGAUAGCAAGAUGGGUGCCUCCUGGUGAAAAGGGCAUGUUUGUGUGGACCAUGCAAGGUGGUCCGUUCGGAACUGUUGUGACGUUUGCUUUAUGUGGCGCGGUUAUCAGUGCUUACGGGUGGAAAACUGCGUUUUACGUGACUAGCGGGCUUAUGUUAGUCUUUUACGCUUUAUGGGUAUUUCUAAUAUACGAUACACCGGAUUCGCACCCGGGGAUCACAGAAAAGGAGAAAACAUACAUACGAGAACAGAUAGGCACUACCGUUUCGAAACAAAAGGUCCGAUUACCCAUGAAGGCAGUCAUUACAUCUCCGCCAUUCUUGGUAUUACUGUGGGCUCACUUUGCAAAUAUGUGGGGUAUAUAUUUCAUCGCUACAAACGGACCCAAAUACACGUUAGAAGUUCUUGGCUUCAAUAUGAAAUCGGGUGGCGCGAUAACUGGAUUGCCUUACAUAGCUAGAUUGGGCGCUGGAGUGUUAUUCGCAGCAGCGGGCGAUUACGUGCGAAGGAGGAAUUUCUUGUCCUUAGGCUGGAUAAGAAAGAUAUUUAUGCUUUUCUCUCAUAUGGGACCUGCAGUUUGUCUGGUAGUGAUGACAUAUGUAGGUUGUGAUGCCACAACUGCGAUAAUAAUGUUAAUACUGGCGUUGGCCUUCAAUGGAGCCGCAUGCCAGACUAGUUUACAGAAUCACCAGGAUUUGGCACCGAACUAUGCCGGUUCUUUAUAUGGAAUUAUGAAUACGUUCGGUAGUUUUCCCGGAUUUAUUAUUCCACCCAUUAUUGGCAUUUUAACCAAUGAAAGGAACGGCGUAGAAGAAUGGCGUAUAAUGUUCUGGAUUUCGGCGAUAGUAUUUACGUCGGCCACAGUACUCUUUUGGUUGUUCGGAUCGGCCGAAAUUCAACCCUGGAAUGAUUCGACUCAUACUAAAGUCUCCACUGUCGGUGACGAGGAGAGACACAUAAAUGAAACAACGAAAGAUACAGCGGGCGGCGAUACGGAAGCCGAAGAAAAUGAACGUCUCUAAUAACUUAGGAAAUAAAAUGAAGAUAAUGUGUGUGUCUGUGUCUAUAGAAAAAUCUGAUUGUUGCGAAUUUUUAUUUUGCUGUUGGAAUAUCAUUGUCAUGUUUUAUACACAAUUAUGACCAAUAUUUGUACAGAUUCUAAUCGUCAAUAUAUAUAUGAACGUCAUAUUAUUAUUACAUACUAAAGACUUGAAACAAUGAUGUAUAAAUUAUUUGAUAUAGAAUAUUCAGUUAUAUUAUAAUACAUUUAUAUGUAAUAGAGUAUUCGUGCUCCAAUUACGGAUAAGAUUGUUAGAAUAUCACGACGGAUUUUUUUUUCUUAGUGCAAUUUAUUUUUUUAGACGCAGUUCUCAUCCCUUUUUUUACUAUUAUUGUAUAAGACUGUCGAAUGUUCCGGGAGAUAAAAUCUAGAUUUUAUACAUUUUUCAUAAUUUUCGUGCAUUUCUACUGUCUCGAAUAUAUAUGUAAGUAUUUAUAUAUUUGAUAUUAUACUUUUGUGUCAUUCAUAUGAUCAUAAUUGAGAAUGUCAAGAUCGUGUCUUUAAAUAUCGAUGAACAGGCAUAGACGUGGUAUUCAAACAAUGCAAUGUAUUGAAACAUAAGAAUACUCUGUAGUGCAUUUUUUGAUUUUGUGCCAAAGUAUGUUACACUCGUUGAAAGCCCGAUGAAACUGCCGAUGCAACUAAAGCUAGGUUGAACCUUGGCACUGUUUCUGGGUCAAUACACGACCGAGGUUAAUUGUUAUUAUAAAUACUUUAUGCUAAACACGUUAAAUGGUUAUUAUAGAUAUUUAUCGUUAUACACGAUUGAGAUUUCUUUGCGAGGCAUUUUCAUAACUGCAAAAUAUUCACAAUAAUUUAUGCACAUUGGUGUUCAUUUUAAUCGCGGUUAUAAAUCAGUGAUUUGAUUUUGAUUCUUUGCGAUUAUAAAUAAUUUCAGAAGACAUCUCGAAAACUGAUCGCUGUUACUCGAUCUGUUCGCAAUAAUUAUUUUAAUUUCAUUAAUCGUGCAUAAUGAAAAAUUUAUGUAUAAUUCCCGCUUUGUACGAGCAUUUGGAUUACGAUAUGUUAUUAUAAUACUAAAAAUAUAAUUCAAUUUUUAUUCACAGGAUUCUUUUCCUGCGUUGGUGAGAGAAACCACAAAUUUCAAGAUCGAAUCAUUUGCUAGCAAAUAAUGUUACGCUUCUGAAUAGUCGGAGAAGAAAUUAUGUCCGUGAAAUAUGAAAAACUCGUACAAUUGUUACUCGUACAAUUGUUAGAAAUUGUAUAUUCUACAAAUGUAUUAUAAACAUUUAUCGUAGGAAAAGUGGGAUAUAGUUAAAUGUGUUGUUUCUAUAUUAGAAAAGGACGAUCAUUGUUCAAGUCGAAUUUUUAACGUAAAGUUUGUCAUUUUGUUAAUACGCUUAGUUCCUGCGUAGUUAUUAAAAUUAAUAACUACGCAAGAACCAAGUUAAAAUCUGUGUAAUUUAGCAAUAAUAUUUCUUGUACGUAAAUUGCGCAAUUGUAAAAAAAAAUUAUAUAUAUAAAGAUAUAACUCAUUGUUGCAAAUGUGGAUAAAAUUUGCCAAGAUAGAAAUAAAGUUGGUUUUUCUCUAUUUGGAUUGAGAAAAACAAAAUGUACCAA